GAUUGUAUCCAUAAAUGGGUGAGACUGCUGGAGUCAGUUACUAGCAACAGUUAUUGGGACAAGUGGGUCAAUCAAGUGUUCGACGCCAUUAGCGCGUGAACAUAAAUCUACAAAGAAACGGAUAAUUCAGCUUUAUCUUUUAUAUAUAUGUCAAUAAUAUUAGUACUUAUUAAAGUGUGAUUGAAGCACGGGGCUGCUCAGAUCCAGUGCACCAGUUGGGAGUCGGGUGUCAUAUGAAACACGAGUGAAAAAUGGCUGUAGCUCUUGAUAUCUGAAUUUGUUCACAGAAUUGGGUUUUGAGCUAUUGUUUUGUGUUGAACUAUUUGGAGGGAGAUUUCCUUAUUCAACCUUUUUAGGCUUGAGUUUUUGUGUCCUUUUGAGAUGGGGAGUAAGUUUUGGUUGAAUGAUGAGGAUAAGGCUGUGGUGGAAAGGGUAGUGGGCAAUGAAGCAGCUGAAUAUCUUGCUUGGUCGGCCUCGAACAACGUGCUGUUGGAAUUUUCUCCAUCCGGUGGGGAUCUAGGGGUGCAGCAAGCACUGUUCAAGAUUGUUGAGGGAUCAGAUUGGACGUAUGCAAUAUAUUGGCAUGUUUCUAAAUCUAAGUCGGGUAGAUCCGCCUUGAUAUGGGGCGACGGCCAUUGUAGGGAGCCCAAGGAAGGCGAGGGUGAAGACAGUAAUGGCCCCAAGAAUGAGAAAUCAGUGGAUGGAGAUGGUAGAAGAUGGGUGCUGCACAAGAUUCAUGCUUGUUUUGGGGGAUCAGAGGAUGAUAAUGUUGCUGCUAAGUUGGACAAAGUUUCGGAUGUGGAGAUGUUCUAUCUCACAUCGAUGUAUCUUGCCUUUCCCUUUGAUAAACCUUCCAUUCCUUCUCAGUCAUUCAAUUCCGGCAGGUCUAUUUGGGUUUCUGACGCGAAAAGCUGUUCAGAACGUUAUGAGUUGAGGUCAUAUUUGGCGAAGUUGGCUCGUUUAGAGACAGUGGUGUUUGUUCCAACAAAGUCAGGGGUGGUGGAGAUUGGCUCCAGGAAGUCUAUACCUGAGGAUAGGAGUGUUAUUCAAUCAGCAAAAUCUAUUGUUGUGAAACCGAGUUUAGCACAGGCGAAGGCUGCUCCAAAGAUUUUUGGUCAGGAACUGAGUGUUGGGGGUUCGAGAUCAGGUCCGAUUAGUAUUAGCUUCUCUCCAAAGGUGGAAGACGAUUCUGUCUAUUCCUCGGAAUCAUAUGAUUUGCAGACACUAGGUGGUGCUCAGUUAUAUGGAAACUCAUCAAAUGGGCACAGAAAUGAUGAUAGUGAUGGGAAACUACUGUCACAAUCCAUUAUUUCUAACAUUGAGCAAGCUAGGGAGGAUUCGUUUCUCAUUUCUGAUGAGAGGAAGCCUAGAAAACGUGGUAGGAAGCCAGCAAAUGGGAGGGAAGAACCGUUGAAUCACGUGGAAGCAGAAAGGCAGAGACGCGAGAAGCUCAAUCAACGUUUUUAUGCAUUGAGAGCAGUAGUUCCAAAUAUCUCCAAGAUGGACAAAGCAUCUCUGCUCGGUGAUGCAAUUGCCUAUAUUGCAGAUCUUCAGACGAAGAUAAGGAUAAUGGAAACAGAAAAGGGGAUUUUGAAUGGAAAUGAGUAUCACUGCACCAUACAAGAUAUUGAGUUUCAAGAAAAGCACGACGAUGCAGUUGUACGCGUAAGUUGCCCUCUGGACUCUCACCCUGUAUCCAGAGUUGUAAAGGAGUUGAGAGAGCAUCAAGCUUCGACCCAAGAGUCCACCAUUUCGUUAACUGAGCGUGGUGAAGUCAUCCACACAUUCUCCAUACACACUCAGGAUGGUGCCGCACAACAAUUGAAGGAUAAGUUGGCUGCUGCUCUCUUAAAUUGAUUUUCAAUGUAAACGUUGUUCGUGUUUGAUGUAGUUCUGAUAAUCUUAUUUUAAUUUGUCUAGCAUGAAGGGAUAGGUUCAUUAUCAAUGCAAAGUGUGAAACUGCCUAUUUGUAAUUGGCUCAGUUAAUACAUAUUCAUAUUUUUCGCUAAA